AUAUUCUUAAAGUAACUUGAAUGUAGCAUCACCGGUAAUCAUGGCGCCGGCCAAAAAACGCAACGUGAUUUCAGCGAAAACACCAGAACAAAGUGGAAAAAAGGCUAAAAUUGACCUAAAUACCAAAGUUGAAAAUGUACUUGAGAGCAGAAAAAAUGCCAACGACGUUUUCGACAUCCUCGAGUUCCUUGAGUCAAGAAAAGAGAAAGAUGUUGUCAAUGCGGUCAAUGCUUGCAGCAAACUGUUCACCACCUUGUUGGAGAAAAAUGAACUAUUUUUGGGGAAACUGCCCGCAGAGGACGAGGCGUUGAGUGGGAGCCGCAGUGCUGACGAGAAGUACAGCAUGUUCAUGAGACACCGAUACAACAGCUGUGUGGAGAUGCUGCUCGAGCACCUCAACCAUGAGCUUCAUUGUGUGAAGGAGAGUGCCCUGUGCUGCCUCAUGAAGUUUGCAGCGGGAGAAGGACAGCAUCCCCUCGAGGACUUGGACUGGAAUGAACACUACAGCUUCCCAAGAGAACUCAUCCAGGCAGUGGUGGACAGACUGCUGACCAAAACAACAGACAACUCCCUGCUGAUCUCCAGGUUCCAGGAGUUCCUUGAGAUGGAGGAUGUCCGCUAUUACGUCAUGAGCUCCAUCCGUGAGAAUGUGGGCAAAGUCAUGGACAAAAACAAAGGGGCGUUGGUGCCUGUAUAUCAGAACAACGUGUUCACCCUCAUGUCCAACAUCAGUGUACCGAGCGAGGAGUCAGAGCUCACCACCUUUAUGAUCAAACAGGAAGCCAAGCAUGAGGACUGGAAAGUUGCUAAACUGAAUGAACACAAGCGUGCCUUUGAGAGGAUGUGGCUGGGCUUUCUCAAGUAUAAGUUGCCAAGCAACAUGUAUAAAAAGAUCCUGGUGAUCCUCCAUGACUCCAUUUUGCCCAACAUGAGUAAACCCACACUGAUGAUUGACUUCUUGUCUGCUGCCUAUGAAGUCGGUGGGGCUAUCAGCCUGCUGGCCCUCAAUGGGCUUUUUGUCCUCAUACAUCAACACAACUUAGAUUACCCGGACUUCUACAAGAAGUUGUAUAAUCUGCUUGAGCCUUCUGUUUUCCAUGUGAAGUACAGAGCACGCUUUUUCCACCUCGCUAACCUCUUCCUUAGCUCCAGUCACUUGCCAGUGUACCUAGUGGCCGCGUUUGCCAAACGCCUGGCUCGCUUGGCUCUCACAGCACCGCCGACAGCCCUCCUUUUAGUGCUGCCCUUCAUCUACAACCUGAUCCGGCGCCACCCGUCCUGCAGAAUCCUCAUUCACAAGCCCAGCACACAGGAUGAGUCGGUGGAGGACCCAUAUCUAAUGGAUGAAGAGGAUCCUGCCCAGUGCCGUGCCUUAGAGAGCAGCUUGUGGGAGAUUAAGACAUUGCAGAAGCAUUACCAUCCAGAUGUGGCCAAGGCUGCUGUGUCCAUCAACACACCUCUGUCCGGACAAGAGGAGGACAUCACUGAGGUGCUGGAGAUAACAACAUAUGAGCUGAUGGAGAGAGACCUGAAGAAGUCUCGGAUCAAGAGUGUCCCACUGGAGUUUGAAACUGCCACACAGUUACUAAACGGAGUGGGAGAUGUUUUAGGACAGCACUUCUGUCUGGAUUAAAACAAGGAAAAAUGAGCGACCUGCAUUUUUAGCAUGUUACACAUUUCUGGGACCAGUUUAUAUUUUCAAGGUAGCCGUUUGGCCUGGACCGGAAGUGAGGACAGACGUUUCUUUGAGUCCAGCUACAGCAGCAGCAAGAAUGACAGAAAUGCCUAAAACCUGGAGUUGUGUUAUUGUUUAUCUCUGACUAUUGAUGUGUAACUAUUGUGUAUCAGUAAAACAACUUUUCCAUAGCUUGUGGUGUAUACAUCUCUAGGUUUGUGUUUUUUGGACUGAUAAAAGAAAAUGAUUUACAAAUUAA